GCCUGAGCACUCCGCAGUUGCUUGAGUAGUGAUCCUCCAAUGAGAUCAUCCUCCCCCAUUCAGCUCCUUGUCAUCUUCCUUCCUGUUGCCAGCCUUCUCAUGGCAUCAUCGUCCGAUGCCUCCCCCCAAACGCCCACCGCCUUGUCGGUCAUGCACUCCCCUCCAGCCCCAGGAUGGCCGUCCUAUACUGUCACACUGUCAGUGGAUCAAUCGGGGCGACUAUGUUAUGCUGCGGAUGUGCUUCGGCCUUCUCUUUCCCUUAUGUUGCCCUCUGCUCUCGGCAUCUCGGUGGACGGCACUGAUCUGGGGAUUGAUGUGGAGCUGGUCAGCAAGGAGGAGCAGCAAGUGAGGAAGACCUAUGCGACUCGCGGCAAGCACGACGUGGCUGAGGCCCACUACAGCCAUGUCUCAUUCACCCUCCGCCAUCGCCCAACCACGCGUGUGUGGCACCUCCACUUCCGCCUCUUCCCUGAUGGCCUCUCAUUCCGCUACUCUUUGCCCGCAAUCAACGCGACAUACGAGCCCCGCCAUGUGAUUCAGGAGACUUCACAAUUUUCCUUCCCCUUCACGGCCGACGAUGCGGCGUGGUUUUUCGAACGCGACAAACUCAGCCAUUAUGAGUUGCUCUCGUACGCCGGCGUGUUUCGGACGGCUCCGGCCAGCUCUCUCUCGUCUCGCCCGAGGAGUAGAGGGCCUUUGUACGGCGCACCACUCAUCUUCCAUGAUGUCUCGGCGGGUGCCGGCCCUUUCCCCUAUCGGCUGCUGACCGAAGCUGCCCUGUAUGAGUACCCGGGGAUGCGCUACAUAGCCCUCCCCGACAACAACACAUUUCGUGCCGAUCUGGCCGACGAGACUGUCGCUCUUUCCCUCCCACUCCCCACCCCAUGGCGCGUCAUCCUCCUCGCCCGCACACUCGACGAGCUGAUCAACAGUGACGUCAUCACGUCGCUGAACCCCGCACCCGACCCUGACCUCUUCCCUUCUUACCUGUCCUACGCCAAGCCAGGCCGCUCCGUGUGGCGAUGGUGGCGCUAUGACACGGGCACGCCAGAGGAGGAGAAACAGUACAUUGACGGUGCGGCUGGCCUGGGAUUCGAAUACACGACGAUCGACGACGGCUGGGCGGACUGGCCCGACAAGUGGGCCACGAUGAAGGCGGUCUGCGACUAUGGACGCGAGAAGGGGGUCGGGGUCAUGCUGUGGGAGGACUGUGCCAAGGUCGAGGAUACAGCGGAUGACUACGCCGACCUCAGACUGUUUCUCGACAAUGUCAAGGCGACAGGAGCCGUCGGUGUCAAGUUCGACUUUUUCAACAAGUAAGGCAAAUUGCACAUAGUCGUGGCCUCCUCACCCAGAAACACCUUUUUUGUCUUGCAGUGAGACAGUCUCCCGAGUUCGCUUGCAAACGAAGAUGCUUGUUGAGUCGGCCAAGAGAGACCUGUUUAUCAACUUCCAUGGCAUUCAAGUAGUGGAGCCACGAGACGACAUUCCGAGCGAUAAGCACUCCAUGCCUCUGGCUUGUCUGUAUCCAUCAGAAACCGACUGGUGAGACACGGAGGUUCCCCAAUGAGUUGACAAGAGAGGCGGUGUGGGGCAUGGAGAUCAACAAGAUGUCAGAUGACUAUCCACCGAUCGAGUCCUCCCACAACGCCGCACUGCCAUUCACGAGGUUUGUGUUGGGUGCGGCCGACUACACGCCACUCGCACUGGCCAAGGAGUGGCGAGGGCCGACCACUGUGGUGAGAGCGCCCAUACCAACGAGACACGGACGACUGAGAGGAGACACGAUGUGUGCUGCUGUCUUCAGGUACAUCAGAUUGCCUUGCUGGUGUUGUUCGACUCGCCCCUCACGACCAUUGCAGAAGAUCCAUCCUUCAUUCUCGACCCCACGCAGCCGCACGCGGCCGCCCUGGACGUCAUCAAGGCCAUCCCCACCAUAUGGCAACAUACACGAGUCCUGCCGCCGAGCAAGAUAGGCGAGCUGGCCGUCAUGGCACGCAAAGCCCACAGGGGAGACAUGUGGUUCCUGGCGGCCAUCAACGGCAAGAGCGAGACACAGACAAUUGAUGAGAUUCCGGUUCAUUUCCUGGACAGUGAGAGGGCGUAUGAGAUGGUCAUGAUCUACACAACUGAGACAGAGGGAGGGGAGGGGGGGCAAGUGAAGAGGGAAGAGGGCAGGUGGGACCCCGGCCAGCAGAGAGCAUUGAAGAAUGUGCGGCUGCUGGGGGGUGAUGGGCUUGUUGUCAUGUGGAGGCCUCUUGGUGGUGACCAGCUCACAUGAGGUGUGCUUUAGUGGAGUGGCAUGCAUCGAGGCAGCGAGGAUGCAUGCCAUGCAACCAUAAGGCGAGGUCCGUCCGUACGUACGUACCCACUGUCGGUUGGUCAGGUCUCUAGAGCACAUUGUACAACAGUAUUUGCUCAAUUUUCUGUACUGUCUGUCCCUCCGCCCACACAUCACAUACUGCACUCUUCGCUCUACAUACACGACGCCGCUGGCUGGCUGUUCUUCCUUCACACAGCUUGACGAAUGGCGGUUUCAAGCUGCGGCGGCUGUCUUUUUUCUUACUGGAUAAUCAAUUCCUAAUAAGACGGGAGUUUUCUUACAGUGUCUGUGCAUCUGUCCUGGUGCUAUUUUGUAAGUAUCCAUCCAACUCGCUAGGAAUGUCGGUCUUAAUGCUCAUGCUUCAAAUGCCGCGACCGAGCCAUUUUUUCCCGGGGAGGAAGAGCCAUUUGGCUUCUUUUGCUGUGAGUACCGUCAGUUUUUUGAUGAAUGAAGAAGGACGAGAGAGGGACUGGGUGCAUGCUGGUUGGGGUUUUAGAAUGGUGGUGGCUAACAAUGAGUUGGCAGGGGGUGGGAGUUCAGCGACCAACAAUGGCGUGCUUGUGUAAGUGUGUCCCGGUGCAUUUGUGGAUUGGCGGUGGACUCGGGCGAUGCAUGGUGAGG